AUGUUAGGGUCGUUUUAUGAUGAUUCAGUCGUAAUUCAUGACGACGAUGAUAAUUUACAACUCCUGACAAAUCGGGGCCAAAUAGCUGGCCGCUAUGACAAAAGCGCAAGCCCAUCAUCAGCUACAUUGGAUACCGGCAUACCUUUACAUAGACCUACAUCUCAACCUCAACCUUCAAAAGUCAAACAAAAAAAAUUUAACAUCAAGGAUACCAUCAAUAAACUAUUAGGCAAGACAAAUGCUGCUUCCGGAACUGCAGGCGAAGGCGGUGAGCGUAUUAUUCAUGUCAACAAUACAGAAUUAAAUGAUCAGCAAAAGUUUUUACAUAAUCGUGUAUUCACUGCUAAGUACACUUCCUAUAACUUUUUAUUUAAAUUCUUGUAUGAAGAAUUUUCUAAAUAUGCCAAUUUGUUCUUUUUAUUCAUUUCCGGUAUUCAGCAAAUUCCCGGCAUUUCACCCACUUCUCGAUAUACGACAUUGGUGCCUUUGGUGAUUGUUUUAUUCAUUACUGCUAUUAAAGAACUUGUAGAAGAUUUGGGUGUUCACCGAUCUGAUGCUGAGCUCAAUGCAAGAAAAUGUAAGGUGUUGGAAGGUACACAGUUUGUUGAGAAGGCUUGGCGUGACAUCAAAGUCGGAGAUGUUUUACGAGUGGAAAGUGGCGAGAAUUUCCCAGCGGAUAUCAUUUUAAUUAGUAGCUCCGAACCAGAAGGUCUUUGCUAUAUUGAAACCAGUAACUUGGAUGGUGAAGUCAAUCUUAAAAUUAAGCAAGCACUUCCCCAAACAUGUAAUAUUUUGAACCCAGUUGACAUGACUCAUUUGCAAGGUACUAUUCGUAGUGAACAACCUAACAAUCGCUUGUACAAUUACGAUGGUGUUUUUAGUACUUCGGCUAUGAAUGACGCUGGUAAGAACAGAGAUUAUGCGUUGGAUCCCAACCAAUUAUUGUUACGUGGUGCUCAACUUCGUAACACUCUGUGGAUCUAUGGUAUUGUGGUGUUCACCGGACAUGAAACCAAAUUGAUGCUGAACUCCAGUAAGAAGCCAUCCAAAAUUUCCAAUGUUACACGUAUCACCAACCGUAAUAUUCUGUAUUUAUUUGCGAUUUUGGUUAUUAUGAGUGUUGCAUGUGCUAUUGGUGGUUUAGUAUUUACGAUCACAAAGAGUGAUUAUGUUGAUGGCUACUUGCAACUGGCCGCUGGAAUGUCUCGUCCUCAAGCAUUCGGUUAUGAUAUUCUCACUUUUUUGAUUUUGUUCAACAGUUUUAUUCCCAUCAGUUUGAUGGUGACCAUGGAAAUUGUUAAAUUCGUGCAAUCUUUCUUAAUCCAAUGUGAUUUGGACAUGUAUUACGAUGUCACAGAUACUGCCGCAGUAGCCCGUAGUAGUAGUUUAAUCGAAGAGUUGGGACAGGUCAAGUUUGUUUUUUCAGACAAAACAGGUACUUUGACGUGUAAUGAAAUGCAGUUCCGUGAGUGUUCCAUUGCCGGUAUUUCAUACGCUGAAAAGGUAGAAUCUGACAAGCAAGCAAGAGAAGGGGUGGAUGAUCCUACAUUACAAUACAACUUUACUCAAUUGAAGGAACAUUUGAAGACUCAUCCCCACGCCAACGUAAUCAAUGAAUUUUUAACUUUGCUAGCUACUUGCCAUACAGUUAUUCCUGAAGCCCAAGAAGGGUCUGACGAAAUCAUUUACCAAGCUUCCUCUCCUGAUGAAGGUGCUUUAGUCAAAGGCGCCAGUGAUUUAGGAUAUAUUUUUCAUACCAGAAGACCUAACUCCAUCACUUGUUCUCAACGCGGACAAGAUUCAGAAUACCAAGUCCUUAAUGUUUGUGAAUUUAAUUCCACCCGUAAACGUAUGUCAGCCAUUAUCCGUGGACCUGAUGGUAGCAUUAAACUCUACUGCAAGGGUGCCGAUAAUGUCAUCUUAGAGCGACUUGCCGAGAAUAAUCCUUUUAUUGAAAACACUUUGAUCCACUUGGAAGAGUUUGCAUCUGAAGGUCUUCGUACACUUUGUAUCGCCAUGAGAGAAAUUCCCGAAGAAGAAUAUACUCGAUGGUCCCAGGUAUAUGACAAGGCUGCUACUACAUUAGUUGACCGUUCUGAUGAACUUGACAAAGCUGCUGAAAUGAUCGAGCAAAACUUGUUCUUGUUGGGCGCGACUGCCAUUGAAGAUAAGCUCCAAGAGGGUGUACCAGAUACUAUCCAUACUUUACAAGAGGCUGGUAUUCGUGUUUGGGUACUAACUGGUGACAGACAAGAGACAGCUAUCAAUAUUGGCUACUCUUGUAAGUUGUUGAAUGAAGAGAUGAGUUUGAUUGUAUGUAAUAUGGAUAGUCAUUGGGAAACAAAGAGUUUCUUGGAAUCAAAAUUGAAAGAUGUUACCGGUGCGAUGGAAAGAGGGGAGGAAUUGGAGCCGCUUGCUUUUGUUAUUGAUGGAAAAGCAUUGACAUUUGCGCUCGAAAAAGAUAUAGAAAAGCUCUUAUUUGAUUUAACAGUGUUAUGUAAAGCGGUUAUCUGUUGUCGUGUAUCUCCACUUCAAAAGGCUUUGGUUGUCAAACUUGUAAAAAAAUAUGACAAAUCCAUUUUGUUAGCUAUAGGUGAUGGAGCUAACGAUGUUUCUAUGAUUCAAGCAGCUCAUGUGGGUGUCGGUAUCAGCGGUGUCGAAGGUCUCCAAGCUGCUCGUAGUGCUGAUUUUGCCAUUUCUCAAUUCAGAUUCUUGAAGAAAUUGCUAUUGGUCCAUGGUGCUUGGGCAUAUCAACGUUUGAGUAAAAUGAUUUUUUACUAUUUCUACAAAAAUGUUGCAAUGUAUUUAACACAGUUCUGGUAUGCUUUUUAUAAUGGAUUCUCCGGCUCAACACUUUACGAGUCUUGGACAAUGUCUUGCUUCAAUGUUAUUUUUACCUUCCUGCCUCCUUUGGUUAUUGGUAUCUUUGAUCAGUUUGUCUCGGCAAGAAUGCUUGAUAAAUAUCCUCAAAUGUAUAUGCUUGGCCAAACGAACGAAUUCUUCAAUCAAAAAAAGUUCUGGGGUUGGUUCGGUAACGCUGUAUUUCACUCUCUGAUUUUAUUCUUCCUUGGUGUUGGCAUUUUAAGCACAGAUGGUGUUUUUGGAAACGGCGUUGUAGGUGGCCAAUGGUGGGCUGGAACAGCUAUGUUCACGGCCGUUUUGGGCUGUAUUUUAUGGAAGGGCGCAUUGAUUACCGAUGUUUGGACAAAGUAUACAUUUAUUGCCAUCCCAGGUUCAAUGGUUGUUUGGUUCAUUUAUUUGCCUGUUGUCGCAUUUAUUGGUCCUGCCAUUUCAGUUGAUAUUUUCCCUGAAUAUUACGGAAUUGUUCCCAUGUUAUGGGGCAACGCUAACUUUUGGUUGUUUAUUAUUUUGGUGCCUUUUGUCUGUAAUUUACGUGAUUUUAUUUGGAAAUAUGCAAAGAGAAUGUAUAGACCCCUUCCAUAUCACUUUGUUCAAGAAAUUCAAAAAUACAAUUUACCCGAUUAUAGACCUCGAAUGGAUAGAUUUAGACAGGCUGUGAACAAAGUACGUCGGAUACAGCGUCUCAAGAGAAAUCGUGGUUACGCUUUCUCUCAAAAUGACAGUGACCAAACAAAAAUCAUUCGUGUUUACGAUACCACUCAACAAAAACCUCUUGGAUAA